CUGCGCGUCUUAGUUGUCCAAACAAGGAUUGGACACCCUACAACACAAAAUUUCACAAAGAUCAUGCGUGCGCUUACAUUCAAACGUUUGAGUGAAUAGAGAGCUUUAUAUUGCGGUUAGAUAUUUCCGAAUACCAUUACUAAUCACUAUUUCUAUUUUCAAGCACCAGCCACCAGAUAAUAAUUUUAGGGCGCCUGGACGCCCUCAAAAGCCGCCUCUGUGUCACAAUGACCCUUUAUAAAAACAACCCUUCAAAAACUCAAUAAAUUCCCUAUCUUUAAUAUUGGGAGAAACAUUUGAAAAUCACCCUUGGCCUUGUGGCUCCAAAUUUAAAUCUAGACUAUAUAUAUUAACCAAGUUCUUUCUCGCACCUCUUGCAGUAUAUUCAAAUAUCUAAUUUUAUUAUUGUACUAUAUUGAAUGGUAACUUAAAUGGUUUUAAAGGCAAAUUGUAACUUUCUGGGUUGAUGAGAUUUUCAACGGGGUUAAAGACUUCAAGAUUGUUUUAGCAUACAAAAUAUAAGUUUCGAAAUUCAAUGACUUCAAUCAGUCUAGUAUAUUUGCAUAAUCUAACUAUGUUUUACAUUUCAAUUUUCAGGCAAGGUUGAAUGCUAAAAUGCUCUCUCCUGACUACAUACGGUUUGAAGAAAGUGUCGCAAGCUCACAGGCCUCCAAACCUCUGAACUCUCUUACUACAAGCAUGAAAUUCAUGGAGGAUAAAAGGAAAAAGUACUCAAUUCAUCUUAUUUGCCUCAUUGUCAUUUUACAGAAUGUGUCAGAUUUUAGCGUUUCAGCAAAUAUGGUAUGGAUGGCAUCAAUUGUUGGUAACAACAGCUGGACAUGGUUGCCAUGCAAGCAGGGUUCAAACAAUAUUGACAAUCCUGCCAUAUCCAGGCCCAGUACAGCAGAAGGGGCUACAGCUACGUUUAGUUACUACCUUCUAAUUGCCAUCUUCUCAAUUAUUGGUGGGUACCUGGGUGACACAAAGCUGGGUAGAUACAAAACUCUGAAACUGUCCCUGGUGAUUGUCAUCUUAGGCACAGCACUCUAUGCUAGUCUAGCAAUUGUACUGCAGGCAAACGACCGGAGUCAAGGUUUCCCGAUUGAGAGUUACAUGGGUGUCACUGCUUACAACACUCUAGUGUACAGUCUGCUGUUUUUCAGUAUAGUGAUCUGUGCUGCCGGAUCAGGGAUACAUUGUGCCAAUAUAAUACCAUUUGGUGUGGAGCAGUUUGUUGAUGUGCAGACUGAGGAGGAGGACGGGGAACAACAUGGCCAGUACACUAAGAUAAGCCAGGCGAUACACCUAUUGUAUUUUGUCAGAAACUUUGGCUGCUUCUUUACUUUUGUUGCUAUCUCCAGCCUUCAGGAACACAAAUGGUCCGUUGGAUUCUGUAUGCCUUUCAUCUGCUCAGUCAUUUCCGCAGCACCAUUGUUCUUGGGAAAGAAGUAUUUUGUUGUCAAUGUACCAAGAACUAAUGCCUCCUCCUUGUUUGUAAACGUAAUAAAGGAAGGCUACAAACUCUCCAGAGUCACUGGGAUUGCAGUGGACUCUAAUCUUCAUUAUUUGGACUAUGCUAGACGAGAUUAUGGUGGUAAUUAUGACAGGGAGGAUGUAAAUGCUGUGAAACGCUUGUUAAAGCUCAUCCCUAAACUGUCAAUCUACAUGGUGUAUUUUCUUCUCUAUUCCCAAAUGCACACAACGUUUUAUAUUCAAGGCCUAUUCAUGAAAACCCCGCCAUAUUUUCCUUAUGCUGGCGCAGAAGGAAUCAAUAACAUUACAAUAAUGUUGCUGAUACCAUUGGUAAUAUUCAAGGUGUACCCCUACUGGAGGAGGCACUACGGACCUUUAUCGCCCAUUCUAAAGUCCCAAGUGGGAUUUGCUCUAAUUGCCCUGUCCAUGGUGGUUGCUGGAUUGCUGGAAUACUUCAGAAUCCUACACUCUGACCCGACCUACAACGAGGCAGCUAAAGUCCGCCUACAUUUCUACUCUUUGUUGGAAAUAACUGUUAACCAGUCUCUCGACUUUUACCUGAGGUUUCCUCAGUAUUUCCUCAUUGCGAUUAGUGAGGUGUUUGUGGUUAUUGUUGCGCUGAAGCUAGCUUACAUUGAGGCACCCAGACAGUUUAAGAGUGUAUCUAUGGGAAUAUUAUACAUGUUCAACGCGCUGGGGACCCUGCUAGCAGCGGCAGUGCUGCUGCUCACCCAGUUGAUAACGUAUUACGCUUUUGAUGGUCACGGCUGGAUUUGUCAGGAUCUGAAUGCUGGUCAUAUGUAUUAUUAUUUCUACACUGUUUGUGUUUUGAUGGUUGUUAACAUGAUUGUUCUUUGUUUUAAGUCAGAUUCUUAUGAACUUGAUAUAUCGAUUUAAUUUCGUAUGCAUGUACUAUGUAGGCAUUUAAUUAUUUACCAAUUAAAGUGGAAUAAUGGACUACAGACCAGCUUUUAAUUCUGGACUACAUUAAAACGGGGCCAGAUUAUUCCCUGACUUUUAUGCUGAGACAAAGUAUGGUAAUUCGAUUUGGAGUCUUAGUUUAAUUUCCGACAAAUCAUUCUUGGCAAAAAUUCAAUUUUAUUGGAAGAAAGUUAAACUGGUCUAGAGGUCGAAUUUUGAUCAAAAGCUAUCAAUGUUUAUAGUUUUGCUCUUAAGUUUUUUCAAUGAGAAAUUGUUGUAGUUAUUAAUUAUUUAUAAAGUACCUAGUUAGUUAUUAAUUAUUAAUUACCUUAUCGGACGUUAUUUGACCGGACAUUGCGUGAACGGAUAUAAUUUUGAACAGACAUUAAAAUGAACGCUAGCCGCUAGGGCCUCUAGCGUCCAAUUAACAUCCCUUCAAAUAAAAUCCGAUAAGUUAUUAAUAGAAUAUAGUGUAGCAGUUAUUACUUAUUGUUGAUUGGUGUACAGUAUCGAGUUUAUCUCAAAUUACACAUCUAUCACAAUAAUUGAUGUAACUACCAAUUUGUACUUUUGGCACACUUUUCGAAUGAAUGACGUGAUUAAUCAAGAUUCCUCUAUUAAGUAAUAUGACACGUUGAUAAUGCUUUAAUUAGUGACGUGUAUUUACUCCGGACCAAACUUUUAAUUGUGCUGAACGUGACUUGAACAGAAGAUAUUUAUAUAAAAUUUGAUAUUUUCUAAAACUUUGUACUAUUAUGACUGUGUUGUUUUUGUUUUUAGAUUUUGGAUUUAUUUUCUCACAAUGGGGGUUUUUAACUUUUGGUAAUUUACAAUAAAAUAUGUGGAAAGUAAACAUUACAAUCUUAUUUUGACUGUGUUUUAUGUA